GCUGACCAUCAUGUUAAUCAACUGCAGAACCCCCUGACCACGCCUCAAGCCGCCACAGACCGACAGCCCGUAGGCGGCGACGACAAGUCUCUGAGCGACAUCAGAAGAUCGAUGAAGAGGGAUCCAGACGGACAGGGCAUAAGUGGGUUGGGCUACGACGGCGUGCUCCGUACUUUUGACGCCGAACGCAAUGUUCUCGACGCGGUUGGCCUCAGCCCAGCCCAGAUUAGAGAAUACUACGAUGGUCUGCCGCUUCCCGAGAGACUGCGCACCGCCGACGGCCGCAACGUGUCCCGCUGGGACAUGUUUCACCCCGAUGCGGAGAAUGUUCCCAAGAAGUUUACGGAGGAGGAGAAAGCCAGAAUCCUGGCACGGAACGAGGAGAUGGCAAAGCGUGGAGUCGCAACCUGUGUUCCAGGCAAGUCGGCAGACGAGGGGGGAUCGAAAGCUUAGAUGGUGCCUUUUGCUUUUCGUCAUUAUGAAAUGUUCAUGCCAGUCACUUGCAAGCCUUGCAGACAGGCCAUAGUCGUGCGAUGCUAAUCCAGUGACCCAGCUCGUACUGCCGGAACAUACCCC